AUGUCCGACUCCAAUUCUCCUCACAUCAAGAAUCGUGAUACCCCAUCAUGGGGCCUCUGUCAGCGUGAAAAUUUCUGGAAGCUAAAUGAUGGUCAGGUCCCCCAAUUCAGCACUCCAAACCAUCAAGCCUUCUUUAGGCACAAGAUCGUUCCCCAACAGCUUAUAGACACCAAUGAGCGAUCAACUCGCACAACGAUAUUCGGGCACGAAGUCUCCGCACCGUUUGGUAUUGCACCUAUAGGCAUCAACAAGAUCUAUCACCCGCAAGGUGAACUACCCGUGGCGAAGGUAGCCGGGGAGCUGGGUUUCCCGUACUAUCUAUCGACGGCCGGUUCCUACCCCACUGAGGAAGUUGCUCAAGCUAACGACGCCGGGCGUGAAUCCACGAUUGAGCUGCAGUCGGCGGACAAGUCCAAGAUCCCAGAAGGCCCGCGGUUCUUCCAGCUCUACAUGCCUCAUGACGAUGAGCUCACUAUAUCGCUUUUGACGAGGGCACACGAGUCUGGUUUUACGGCCUGCAUUUUUACGACGGAUACUUGGCAAUUGGGAUGGCGACACGAUGACGUCGCCACAUCGAACUAUGCUUUCUACCGCGGCAUCGGUGCCGAGCUGGGAUUGACUGACCCCGUGUUUCAGAAGCACCUUGAAGAGAAGGGCAUCAAUCUGCAGAAGGAGCCCGAGAGGGCGGCAGCAUUGUGGAUCGACAGCAUCUGGCACGGCCGCGCAUGGUCCUGGGACAAGGCCAUAUGGGCGCGAGACCAAUGGCAGCGGAUCAGCGGCGGUAAACUGUUCUUGAUCAAGGGGAUACAGAGGGUUGACGACGCAGAGAAGGCGGCGGAUCUGGGGUUCGAGGGAAUCGUUGUGAGCAACCAUGCGGGACAUCAGGUUGACGGGGCUAUUGCAAGUCUGGCUGCGCUUGGAAAGAUUGCGGAUAAGGUUGGGGACCGGAUCGUUGUCACAUUCGACAGCGGGGUGAGGGGCGCAGCAGAUAUCGUGAAAGCCCUGGCAUUGGGUGCCAAAUUUGUCUUCAUCGGGGGCUGUUGGCCGACUUGGAUAUUUUGA